GUAGACAUGAUUGUGGAGAGAGAAAGAAUGCUGUUUCUAUUGCACCUAAAACUGUUGUUGCUACAAGAGAGCGUGGAAGAGCUAGUCAUGCAAGAGGUGGUGGUCGCAGCUGUGAUAAAAGAAAAACUGUCACAGAAGCUACUUCCUUCGUACCUAAUACUUUUCAAAAUAACUUUGAUGAAACUACAGGAAAACAAUCAGUUAGGUCACUAGCAAAUUUAAAGCGUCUAACUUCGCUUAAAAAUAAUGACUGUGGUGAUUUCAGUGAUGAUUUGAAUGGCAAUUUCGAUGAUUUUAGUAGGAACGCAUCAGUUGUAUCUACAAGUAAGAAUUUAGUAAAUUAUUAUAAGUUUGCUUUCUUUGAAACUAAAGUUAAAACUAAACUUUUUUAUUAUAAAAAGAAUUAA